AUGGCAUUUAUCACGGAUAGAGGAACCUACUGCUAUAAGGUCAUGCCAUUCGGUUUGAAGAACGCAGGAGCAACCCAACAACGGCUUGUGAACAAAAUGUUCGCAGACAAGCUGGGCGUCACCAUGAAAGUAUACAUCGAUGAUAUGCUUGUCAAGUCGCUACACGCUGCUGACGAUAUGCUUGUCAAGUUGCUACACGCUGCUGAUCACCUCUGUCACUUGAGAGAUUGCUUCAAAACUCUCAACAAAUACGGCAUGAAACUGAACCCAGCAAAGUGCACGUUUGGGGUUUCCUCAGGCGAGUUCCUUGGAUACAUAGUCAAGCAGCGGGGAAUCGAAGCCAACCCGAAGCAGAUCUCCGCAGUCCUGAACCUUCCGAGCCCAAAAAACAGUAGAGAAAAAUGCGAGGAGGCAUUUAUCCAACUCAAGCAUUAUCUGACAACUCAACCCGUUCUCGCCAAUCCAGACGUCGGCGACGUUCUAUCUCUUUACGUCGCAGUAUCACAAGCAGCAGUCAGUUGUGUCCUAAUAAAAGAGGAUCGUGGUAAGCAAAAGCCAAUCUUCUACACGAGUAGGCGCAUGACCGGACCAGAAACGCGAUACCCAACUCUGGAGAAAAUGGCACUGGCAGUCGUCGAAGCGGCGAGAAAGCUUCGCCCUUACUUUCAGUCACAUUCGGUUGAAGUACUAACCGACCAGCCCCUCCGAACGAUACUUCAAAAUAGAAACAGGUCCGGAAGACUAACGAAGUGGGCUAUCGAACUCGGUGAACUUGAUAUCACUUACAAGAAUAGGACUGCAGCAAAAUCUCAGGUUCUCGCAGACUUCUUAAUCGAAUUGGCCCCGGAGUUAGAGCAAGAUCUCACACUCCCAAACCCAAACUGGACACUGCAUGUCGACGGAUCUUCGACUAACAGGGGCGCAGGGGCUGCAGGAGUUCAACUGCAAUUCCCGACCGGCGAACUGAUCAAACAGUCUUUUAGCUUCAGCUUUCCAGCCUCGAACAACGAAGCAGAAUACGAAUCUUUGAUCGCUGAACUCCGCUUAGCAAAAGCUAUCAAGGCCAAACGCCUAAGCGCCUACUGCGACUCGCAGUUAGUCGUCAGUCAGUUUAGCGGCGAUUACGACGCCCGCAACGAUCGGAUGAACGCCUACCUCAAGAUAGUACAAGGAUUAGCCGCAGAGUUCGAAUUCUUCGAACUCGUCAAAGUUCCCAGAGGAGAAAACGUCUACGCCGACGCCCUUGCAGCCCUUGGAAGCAAGCUUCAUGACCAAGUUAAACGAACUAUUCCAAUACACCGCAUUGAGAAGCCGAGCAUCGAUAUCUUGACGGACCAAACCACCAUCAUAGCCCCGAUCACCGAAACCGACACUCUCGUUACUGAUGAAUUCGGCCCCGACUGGCGAACUGAGUUCAUCGACUAUCUCUCAAAGGGGGAACUUCCAACUAAGAAAUGGGCAGCCCGCCGACUAAAAACACGCAGUGCCCAUUAUGUCGUCCUAGACAACGAACUCCAUCGAUGGACUGCGAGUAAAGUACUACUCAAAUGCAUCCACGGCAAAGAAACGGCCAGGGUUAUGGCCGAAACACACGAAGGCGCUGGAGGAAACCAUUCGGGCGGACUCUAUGGAGCCACCGCACAACAUCACGAGGGUCGGCCAUAUCGACACCUUUCUCUCUUGCAUACGGUGUCGAGGCUAUGGCUCCCGCAGAAGUUAACGUUUCAAGCCUCCGACGCUCGAAAAUGCCCCAGUAUGUCGAACUCAACAAGGAGAUGCUGCUUGAUGCCCUCGAUGAAAUUGAAGAACAACGGGACCAAGCUCUGCUGCGAAUCCAAAACUAUCAACAUCAGAUAG